CAACCAAUUCUUAUUUCUUACCAUUCAGUAUUUCGAACUCUUUUUCCCCUAAUUCUGAAAAGCCCCAAAGUCUAGGGUUUACAUCCCCCAGGAAGUCCCUGAGCCACCAUUUCUGUAAUCCAUCAUGAAUUGGCUUCUGCUUUCAGUUAAUAGAUCCUGAUAUAUCAAUGCCUGAAGUUCUUUACAAUGGCAAGGGGAAAGCUUAUAUUAAUCUGCCAGUCUGGUGGUGAGUUUGUCACAAAUGAGGAUGGAUCAAUGUCAUAUACUGGAGGAGAGGCACAUGCUGUAGAUAUCAAUCGUGAAACCUUGUUUAAUGAUCUCAAAUUAAAAUUAGCUGAGAUGUGGAAUUUGGAAUACAAUUCCCUGUCCAUGAAGUAUUUUCUCCCAGGAAACAGACGAACUCUCAUCAACUUAUCUAAUGACAAAAACUUGAAAAGGAUGUAUGAUUUUCAUGCAAGUUCAGUAACUGCUGAUGUUUUUGUUACGGGGAGAGCAGGUUUUGAUUGUGAAGCCUUGAACAUUCGUAGCAGGGCAUGUGGGAUAAAACUGGCUGAAACUGUACCCCCUGUUGCUACAUUCACUACCUCUGCUGCUGCACAUCAUGUCGUUGCUGCUCUGCCUGUUGCGAUAUAUAAAACUGCAGAACCUACUAAUGCUAAUUCCAGCAUUGGUCCUGCUGCUGCCACCCUAGUUGCCCCUGUCUAUCUUCCUGUGGCAACACCUGAUGACUCUGUUAUAUCUGUCAAAGCAACUGCCCAAAGGCGUACUGGAGUAAUAAUUAACUCAAAUCUGGAUGCUGCUUAUUCCAGUCCAACUGGUGUCAUUGCUGUUGCCACUGAUGCAACUCCUCAUGACCCAAACAUAAUUGAUAUGACCUCUACCCCUGCUGAUACUGUUAAGAAACGAAGGCGAACUGCAUCCUGGAAAAUUGGUGCAAAUGGUCCUGCCACCGCCACUAACUAUGUCGGGGAGAAAAGGAAAACUACAUCUAGAAAAAGGAAUAUCCAAAAUCGCAAUGCUGCAACAGCAGUUGAUGAUCUGAAGCAGAAACAAGAUAUUUCACCCUGUGAGGACAUUUCUAACAGUUCCUCUAUACUUGCUAGUUCAAAUGAUGUCCCACCGGAAAAACUGGUUGCAUCGUGGAAAGAUGGCAUCAUUGGUGUAGGUCAGGAAUUUAAAAGUGUGUAUGAAUUUCGAGACUCACUGCAGAAAUAUGCCAUUGCAAAUCGAUUCAUGUACAGGUUAAAAAAGAAUGACACUAAUCGUGCAAGUGGCAUAUGUAUAGCAGAAGGCUGUUCUUGGAGGAUUCAUGCAUCCUGGGACUCAUCGUCACAAUCAUUUAGGAUUAAAAAGAUGAAUAAAUCACAUUCAUGUGGAGGGAAGUCUUGGAAGUCAGCUCAUCCCUCAAAGAAUUGGUUGGUGAGUAUCAUAAAGGAGAGAUUACAAGAAAGCCCACAUCAUAAACCAAAGGAAAUUGCUAACAGCAUUCUUCGGGACUUUGGAAUUGAGCUGAAUUAUACUCAAGUAUGGCGUGGAAUUGAGGAUGCCCGAGAGCAACUUCAGGGUUCGUAUAAAGAAGCAUAUAACCUGUUGCCUGGGCUUUGUGCGAAAAUGGAGGAGGCAAAUCCUGGUAGUUUUGUUAAGCUUUGCACUGCCGAAGAUAAAAGAUUUCAGCGCCUUUUUGUAUCCUUUCACUCCUCAAUAUGUGGUUUUCAGAAUUGUCGCCCCCUUCUUUUCCUUGAGACUACAUCUUUAAAAUCAAAGUACCACGAGAUUUUGUUGACAGCUACUGCACUGGAUGGGAAUGAUGGUGCUUUUCCAGUUGCAUUUGCUGUAGUAGAUACUGAGAAUGAAGAUAAUUGGCAUUGGUUUUUGGAGCAGUUGAGAUCUGCAAUGUCAACUUCAAGAUCCAUAACUUUUGUCUCUGACAGAGAGAAGGGUUUAAAGAAGUUGGUACUUGGGGCAUUUCAGAAUGCUGAUUAUGGUUACUCACUAUACCACCUCAUGGAGAACUUCAAGAAAAGCUUGAAGGGACCCUUUCAUGGAGAUGGAAGGGGUUCUUUGCCUGGCUCUUUUGUGGCUGCUGCCCAUGCUGUCCGACAUGAUGGUUUUAGAAUGUAUACUGAGCAAAUUAAACGGGUUUCCUCAAAAGCAUAUGAGUGGGUCAUGCAAAUUGAGCCAGAGCAUUGGACGAAUGCAGUAUUUAAGGGUGAGCGCUAUAAUCAUAUCACUGAAAAUGUUGCAGGACUAUACUGCAACUGGAUAGAGGAAGUGCGGGAGUUACCCAUGAUACAGAAAGUAGAAAUGCUAAGAUUUAAGUUGAUGGAGUUGAUUAAUAGUCGUCAAAUAGAAUCAAGUAGGUGGUCUAAAAAACUUACUCCAUCCAAGGAGGGAAAAUUAGAAGAAGAAACUCCUAAAGCACGGGGGCUUAAAGUACUUUUCUCAUCUGAUACCCUUUUCGAGGUUCACGAUGAUUGCAUUAAUGUUGUGGAUAUUGAUAAAUGGGAAUGUACUUGUCUAGGAUGGAAAGCAUCUGGACUACCUUGCCGCCAUGCUAUUGCUGUCUUUUAUUCUACAGGUAGGAAUGUGUAUGAUUAUUGUUCAGGGUUCUUCACAGUAGAUAUCUUCCGUCUAACCUACUCUAAGCCCAUUAAACCUGUAUCUGCUAUUUUCAAGCCUUUAAGAAAUGAAAAAACUUCUCUGCAUGUACUUCCUCCUUGCACCCCCCGGCUGCCAAGCCAACAUAAAGAGCAGACGGAAACUCAGAGUGUCUCAAAGAGGCCAGUCUCUUGCACCAGGUGCAAAGGAAUGGGGCAUAAUAAAUCUACAUGCAAGGCAAACUAACUUAUAAUAGCUUCUCUGUACUUCCUUUGACAUGUAUUACACUGUACAGUUGUAAUAACAAGUUCAAGUUGGUUGUGUUGUGCAA